AUGGCGUCAAUUAGGGUGCCGCUGGCCGAGCAGCCAGUGCAUAGCGUCGCGCAGCGAACGCCCCGAUAUAACUCGGAUGAGAAGAGCGUCUGCGACUUGCUAGAACAAUACAAAUGGCUAACAUGCCUUACAACCCAGAAGGAGGGCUGGACUGCCCGUCUCAAGCUCGGGGACCCCUGGACGAACAAAUACCUAUGCUGCGUGUCGGACGAGCAAGACCUGCCGCGCGCGCUGCAGAAGACCGCCGAAUUCAGCCGCGAGCAGCUCCGUUUAUUAGCUCAUCCCAAGGGCCGCGGCGAGGCGCUCGCCCUCGGCGUCGCGAAAUGGCAGCGCCUCCAGACUGAUGGGCCCCUUGCCACUACUUUGGCAUUCCUUCUCGCCGCCCUGUGGGCGUUUGAUAAUAAACUAGACCUGCGUUACGUCGACGUGUCGCGCCAGCCGUUCAAUGUGCGGAUAUUGAAGGCGUACGUUCUCCAGGGCCUCUUCCAGCAGAAGGAGGACUUCUCGUUCGCCCGCGGCGCGAAGCUGGAGGCCUGGGCGGCCACGGCCGAGGACGUCCCCGGCGCCGCCGAUAUAUCUGGAUGUGGUCGAGACGCUGUCUUAAUGGCGGGGCUCGACUCGAAGGACUGCAACGGUCCCGGGUGCAAAUUCGGCGGGCAGCGCGACCAGGAAACGAUCGAUCAGCUACGCAACGAGGAGCGGCGGAGGCAGUACGGCGCGGCGACGGUGAAGAAGGCAUUGGAGGCGUGCGGCCCCCUCUCGUAUUUGCGCAGCGACCGGAACCUGUCUUGUUCAAAUACCGCCUUUUCCUAUGACUAUGGAAAUAUGAUCCGGGCGGCUCUCGACGAUCCGCGGAGCCUCGGACUGGAAUUGCAGCUCGAGGACCCGAUGUCGGGGAAGAUUUUGUACGUUUCUGUGUAGAACUUCCACUUCAAGUCGAGACGCCAUCGACGCGACGCCGUCGAUGCGACGCCAUCGACGCGUCGACGCGACGCCAUCGUCGCGUCGACGCCGUCGACGCGGCCGCGAAUUUCGCGACGGCGUACGCCUCACGCAGGCCCACGGCUUACAAGAUUGAUAGGGAGUUGUUAGUGAAGGUGCAGACCGCGGGCGACGUCAUGCUCGCGCGGCUCUCCCGCGAGCACCCUGGCCUACGAGCCUUAUUCAGGGACGCGGGGCGACUCGCCGCCAAUUUACAUCUGGAUGGUUUGCGGCGCGACGGCGACGGGCAGUCGGAGAAGGUGCCGCACGCCCGCGGCUUGAACACCCUGUUCCGACCGGAUCGGUUCUUUUUGUUAGAUGGCUACGUCACCCACCGGUCGACGCUCUGCAGUAGCAUCUGUUUCGUCGUCCGCGGCGGCGACGGGACGUUACUCGUAAAAGGCCAGGACAUCACCGACGCCCGCCUCGCGAAGGCGCGCCGCGCGUUGUAUGAUGUAGCCGGCGGGUCCUCUCGGGGGCCGGGGUACGUCGAGCAGCUCAAGAGGUCCGACGAGUGCCGGGACGCCAUCGCGGCCUGGCGGGCCACGGGCGCGCAGACGCCGAAGCCGACGGUGUCGCACGGGCCACGGCCGCGUCGCAUUGUUGCGAUCAAGAUCAAGUUGGACGGUCGAAGGAUCAUGGGCUGGGCCAAGUCUGCUUCAGUUAGGUUGGAUAUUUAGUGUGCGUCAUAUGAAAUCUUGUUACGUAAUCAGGGGUCACUCUCAGGAUCAGGCUCA